UUAUCCAGAAUCCCAUUACGCCUCCCUUCUUCCAAAAUUCUCCACCCUUCCUGCCAUGGAAAACCGCCAUAGCCCCGCUGCACCACCGAACGCCAAGGGCGGUUCUGGUUCUGGCUGCCCGGAGAACAAGGACGUCGCCGCGCCAAACCUCAGCUCAGCAGCGGAGGAGGUGGCUGCCACCGUCGCUACCAGCGACGACGACGGCCUCUGCAAGGGCAACAAGAACGUGGCUGCUGACAGCAAAAAACUCAAGCCGCACAUCGUCGCGGAGCGAAAGCGCCGGGAUCGGAUGAGGGAUUACUUCGGCGAGCUGCUGGCGCUCAUACCCCAGAUCCCCGCGAAGAGUGACAAGGGGACCAUAGUGGGACAUGCGGUCGACUACAUCCAGUCCCUGGAGAAGACGAAGGCCAUGCUGGAGAAGCGCAAGCAGGAGCUGGCGCACGCGCGGCAAGCGGCCGCUGCCGCUGAGGGUGCGGCGUCCUCCUCGUCGGCGCCACCACAGUCCGUUCGGGCCAUGGCGGCCGUGUCUUCGGACAUCCCCCAGCCGCAGCUGCUCCAGCUGCCGCUCUCUAUAGCAGUGCCAGCGCCACCGCCGCAGGUCCCCACGGCGGCGAGGCGGCAAGUCGGAUUCCAGACGUGGUCAUGGCCGAACCUCGUGCUCAACGUGUCCGACGACAAGGCGUACAUCAGCGUGUGCGCGCCGCGCCACCUCGGCAUGCAGAACAUGGUGACGGUGCUGUCCGUGCUGAACAAGCACGGGAUCGACGUGGCCACGGCGCAGGUCGAUUCCGACGCCGUCCGCUCCAUGUUCAACAUCUAUGCCCAUGUGACUGCAAUGGAUGGGGAGAAUCCUUCCGUACAAGAUGUCUACAAGUUGGCUGUGUCAGAGAUCCUAGUAUGGCUCAAUAUCACCAGCUAGGCUAGAGCUGCAAUCAAGGGUGUCUCAAACAGCGCCAGUACCCCUAUGUCGAUCUACUCACCUUGCACCAGCCUCUCUAGACAGGCACUAUCAACUAGAACAAUCUUGUUUAUUACUUAAUUUGUGUUCAACGUUUGAAGGUUUGGUAACUGUGUAUGUGUUAUCUGAGCCAGGCCUAUCUAGAUGAAUUGAUCGAGUUCCAUGAGUCUUUGUGUUGAUGUUGUAAAACUAUCGUAUUGGGAUCAUCUGGUCGUAUCCUAAAUCAUAAUUUUAACUAUAUUCAUAAUACUUUGAUGUUGUAAAACAUUGAGAUA